AUGGGUGAUGGUUUUAAAUUUUUAUUUUUACAACUUGUGGAGUGGCCCAUAGAUGUUUCCAACACGAAUGUGUUUUCCUUCAAGCAAUGGAAGUACUCAAAUUACAACUUCACCAUGGCUAAUUAUUGGACACCCCAUCUAGUUAGGGCUAAAAAAGUGGAUUCAAAUAGUGCUCUCUUCAAUGUUUACAUUGAUGAGUUUGAUGAAACAUGGACAACCCACGUUAAAGAUUUUGACUAUGUUAUUAUCAAUGGAGGACAAUGGUUUUUGGGACCCCUUGUGUUCUAUGAGAAACAAAGAGUUGUUGGAUGUCAACAUUGUGACCUAGAUAAUAUGACUCACUCAAACUUGUACUAUGGCUAUAGAAAGGUUUAUAACACAACAUUUAAAUCCAUCAUUAGUUUAGAAAACUUCAAGGGUACCAUAUUUCUUAGAACAUUUUCACCAUCUCAUUUUGAAAAUGGAUUGUGGAAUAAAGGUGGAAAUUGUAUGAGAACUAAGCCAUUUAGGAGUAAUGAAACAAAGUUAGAGGGUUAUGAUUUAGAGUUACAUAAGAUUCAAUUAGAUGAGUUCAGAAUUGCCAAGAAAGAAGGAAUAAAGAAAGGAUUGAAGUUCAUGUUACUUGACACCACACAAGCAAUGUUAUUGAGACCAGAUGGUCACCCCAAUAGAUAUGGCUAUUGGCCAAAUGAGAAUAUGACACUAUAUAAUGAUUGUGUCCAUUGGUGCUUGCCUGGUCCAAUAGACACAUGGAGUGAUUUUUUAUUAGAAAUGUUGAAAAUGGAAAGUGUAACGUCUAUAAGUAAAAAUAUGAUUCAUUCAUAGAUAAAUUGAUAAUUUUUGUUU